AAUAAGGACUAAAUUUAACAUGGAGGAGAUCUUACACUCGGGCUUCCUGACGAAGUCGCCCCCAGAACACAAGAUUAACCGUGCGAGAUGGCAACGGCGUUGGUUCAUCCUGAAGCGCUCUGCAAAUGCCAUCUACUUGCAAUACUACAAAGACCAGCACACUACCCGGCCCAAGGGGACCAUCGACCUCACCACCUGCGAGCAGGUGGACCAGGGCCUGACUUUUGAGUCCAAGCGUAACUUGGCCAAGGCCUUCAUAUUUGACAUCGUGACACCCAAGAGGAAGUACUUCCUCGUCAGCAACACUGAGCUGGACAUGAUCCGCUGGGUGCGCGAGAUCUGCCUGGCUUGUGGCUUCCAGUUGGACAACCAAGAUGACGACUCGACUGUCCAGCCUGCUGAACCCUCACAGCCAAUCAACGUAACACCGUCCCGUCUGAAUGAAUACACUCCGCGACCAUAUCCAGCCUCUGUGCCCACGGAGGCCUCUGAAUCCUACAUCCCUCUGGGUGAGUGCGAGAGUGGGAAGAACAGGGACCUGUCACAGAGUGUUCCCGUCAACGGGGGUUGGGACAGCAUCGGCCACCGGCAGGUGAAUUCCCAGGACCUGGAUCCCAGGAGGUCGCGCACAAGCAGUUCGGGGAGCAACUCCAGCAUUCCAAGUGAAAAUGCCCCUUUGCCACCCCCCUCAGAGACUAACCCUGCCAUGAUGGAAAACUACGACAUCCCGCCGGCUUUACAGAGACUUAGCGGUGGCAGCAUGCAGCCCAUGUAUGACAUACCACCUGCUCUCCUGAGGCGAGAACCAUCAUUUCAGAACCAGGAUGACAUUUACAAGUCUGUGCCCGUUCCUCGUCGGGCAGACUUGAACACUGUGCCAGAUGAACAGAAUCAGUUGAAUGGGAAUGCGCAUGAUUUGUACUCUGUGCCGCCCUCCCACAGAGGGGAGGCUGGCGGACUGUACGAUGUUCCACCAGCGCACUCUCUGAUCAAGAACCAAAACAAGGAGAUGAGCUCGUCAACCGACAAACUUGCCCAAGACUUCCAGCAAAUCUCUGUCCGCAACUCAAGGGGUGCUUAUGAUGAUGCCGCCCUGGACCUGUACAGUGUACCCCCAUCCAGAAACACCUCAGACCCAUUUGCUUCACCUGAUAGCGGGUCACAGACAAGUGCUACCCCUCCACCCCGACCUCCGAAACUGAAUCACGCCUCUGCCACUAACAUCGAGACCCAGGCCAUGCCAACUCCUCCCAGGCCACCCAAGCCCCAGCACUUGAGGCCUUCCACCCCUCCGCCUAGCUUUGAUGAUACGUACGCUGUGCCACCCAGCCAUUCCAGACCUGUCCCGUCUCAAGAGCUAAUCGGGAGGCUCAUUGAAGCCCCAAUUUACUCCGUUCCGCCCUCUGCUAACUUGGAAGUCAGGCCUGCACCAAGCGGACACCAGUGGCUGGACAGCAAGGUACCCACACCUGGAGGAUCAGACUAUCGAUACAUCAACACCAGCAAGUCUGCAAACCGGCAGUCAGUCCCUCCUAAAUCAGCAAGCUUUAUACACCAGCCAGUCGCCCCCCCUCCCCGGCAGCUGCCAAGGUCAGCGACGAUUGACCUGGACAGCCGUUACAUCCCGUCCCCGGUGGCUCAGCAGGAGAGCUACCUGUCCAUGGAUGGCAGCAGUGACUCCUCCAGCGUGUUCCAGUACCCGGCCAGUUCGGCCUACAUGGCCAUGGAGGGCACCAACAGCAAUGGGGGCCCAAGACUCGAUGGUCGCUCACUCUCAGAAUCCCAGCCCGAGACCUACGCCACCAUGAACCCCGGAGUGCCCCUCCAGAGAAGGUCCAUGCCUAUUGUGGCUCAUCGGCACACAUUCUCUGGCGGUGAGAGACCACCUCCUAUUGACCGCAGCUUGAAGCCAGACAGGAAGAUAAGCGAAGGAGCUGUUCGGUCCACCGACCACAUCGGAAUGGAAGGCAGUUUCUAUGCAACCAAGGAGAGCCUGAGGCCACUCCCUGACUUGAGGCCCAUCCAGUCAGACAGGACUAGGAGCUUCAGUAAACGGCCGGGCUCAUACGAGAAUCAGAGGCUGGACACUGACUCUGAUUUGUUCCGUGGACGCAGCAACACGGGAGACAGCACAACCUCGUCUUCGGACGAUGACAUGUACAGCCCGGGAGAAAGCGACUUCUACUUUCCUCGUCCAGUGCCACCUGUUCCUGAAGAGGACACGUACAUCUACAAAGACGUACCGGGUGUGGGAGGACUUCCAGAGCAUCCCAUUACAGAAGGCCUGUCCACUACGCCCAUUCCUGCCUCCCUACCUUCCCAGCAGAAUGACGAGAUAGAGUACCUGGAGCUCUCCCAUGAGGAGGAAGCCCGUCAGCCGCCCCCUAGGCCCCCCAGGCCCAGCUCCCCAACGGUGGAGUACAUCGACCUGGACCCAGACAAGACACAGGCCCUGCGGUUUGUGACGGAGAAACGCGAGGAGGAGAAGGAUGGGAGUAUGUCGGGGCGCAGCACACUGACAAGGAGAGAUGUAUAGGGUUGACUCAUAUCCAAGCUGUAAAAAGGUAGGGCCUACAGGCACCUGCUGUGCUGUAGAUACUCACCAAGCAACGGAUGUAAUCCAGUCAUGCAGUCAUAGUAAGCAAGGUUUCAUUUCUCAUUGGCUUUAGACCACAGACUGUGGGGAUUCUUCAUCAUUGUGGGUGUUUUCCGUACAUAUUGACAUGAAAUCUUUAGGAGUUGACCAGUUCUGAGUCAGUUUAUGCUUUGACAGACCUUCCUGGUGUGCAUUGAAAAUCCCUCUAAUCAAUUGAGAGCAUGUUUUAUUUGUUUCCUUGUAUGAGCAACAUCAGCAUAUCUUAUGAGAUGAGCAAUAUCUACAUCCAUCAGAACACUGUUUCCCUUUCGUAUUUAUCAUUUGCUGUCUUGCGUAAAUAUAUGUAGCUGUGCUUGGCACAAGCAGCAACAUGACCUAGCAAUGCACAGAUGGAACAAUGAUAAAUUCACUCACCUAUGGAACAGGCCUACAGCAGUCCAUUUUUGCGAUAGGACUGCACCAUGCAUUGGGAUGAAUAAUUCAUGACUGUGAACAAUACUCUCCACCAAUCAGAUAAUGGGGAUUUCUUCAGGCAUUGUAUGCGCCCCAUCCACUGACAUAGAGAGGGAGGUUUGGCCACAUGAUACAUUGUAGCCACUGUCGAUGAGUGCUCAUUGCAGACAAAACAUUGUGAGCACCCCAUGCUAAGCCUGUCCAAACAAGAACACACACGUGCAGGGUGUGUCAUUGUCAAAGGCGCCCUCAUUAGGUACUUGUAAUGUGGCAAUAUCUUUUAUACGUACAGUAGAUUCGUCAAAGUCGGAUUUUCCUUAAUACCUCAGAUGAAAUUGCUUAGAACAUUUGAUUUCUUAUGUUGUUCUUAAUGAAAUUCUUUGCCUAAGUUGGAUCGCGAAAGUCAGAUUUUCACUUUUCUCAGACAGAUCAACCUGGAACAUUUGUUAAAAUACUGUAUUUGUACCUCGUUUAAGUCGGGUUUACACAAAAAUAUUUUCGUACAUUUAUUCAUUCCAGGAAACAAAGUGAUUUUUGGAAUUUUUGGUAUUUUCCGUCCAAAUCAAUUAUUUUGGCUCCUGCUCCACUAACCCGAGAUCUACUGUACUGUACAUGAAGCCCUGACCACUCACCUACCAUGUGUCUGUCCAAAACAGCAACAAUGCAAAACAUGGAUGAAUUCAAACUGAAGGACAGCAAACAGACCAGGGACAAGUACUUCCCUCUCUGGAAAUUUGCACUGGUCUGCAAAUGCAAAGCUACUAGAAUGCAGGAGCAGUGACGUUAGAUUUUCCUUAAGUCACUUGGUAACAAGCUCAUCCAAUUACUGAGGAUGCUUAUCCCGUUCCCAAAUCCUCACACUUUGCCCUGCAGGUCUCCUGACAGGGGACAUAUUGACCGGUAUCAUUUUGAGAGAUGACAUACAGAUAUAUGCUUGCAUGUAUCUCAUGAAAUAAACAAAAGGUGGAAAUAUUUUUGUGAUACAUAAUGGGAUUGUUCAAAGUUGAUUUCAGAAUUUGACAAUAUGCCGUUUAUCUGCUUAAUUACCGUGUAUGCAGUCAUGCAGCUUGACUUUGUGUUGCAUGCAAUACUCAUACAUAUAAACAGAGUGUUCGACAUAAUUUAUAUAAUGCUGUGAAAUACUUACAUUUGUGUGGUGCAUGCUUCAUGAAGACUUGGCAGUUUUUCUGAAUCCGAAGCGAUGUCCUCAAUUCUAGCAUGAUGAUACUUAAAUGGCCAACGACUUCAUUAUCAUCUAAGGUGUCAAGGAUUUCUUGUUGAAUAUACUUUUCUGAUUCAUCACAUCUAAAUGUGCCAAAUUUUCUAAUGCCAAGAAAGUUUCAUUUAAACCAUUGCAUUACAACAGGAAAGCCUGUUGGCAUAGUGAGUAGUAUGAAAGGCAGAUUACCUGAACUUAUAUUUCAUUUUGAAUUUGUUACAUUUCAAACAGUUCUUUUAAGCUGAUACAAAUACGGUUUGAACUCACUUAAUAAGCCAUUUGCGAGUUAAAUUUGAUUAAAAUCUGGUAUACCGAGUUCUUUAAAUCCACGUGAACACAACAG